AUGGGCGAAUAUUCAAGUGUUGCAAGUGUGGAACAAGCAGCGAGAGACAAAUCGUCGACAGUGCAGAAGGCUACAAGUGCAGUACUCCAAGCCUCUAGACCUUGCGAUGGCGAUUUAUAUGAGAGGGACACUGAAGAAGCUGCUGAGAUAGAAAGACAAGCAGAUAAAUGGAUGAGUGAGUAUCGAGAGCUCGAAACGCUCGGGGAAAACAAGGAAUUAUCGACUCUGGAGAAACAAAGAUUGUCAGAACUUCAUGAUGAUCUCCAGAAAUAUUACCAUGAAGACCCUCGAAGAUUUGACGAGCAAUUUCACGCAACCAGUGGCUGUAUUCGUAUGGGCGAUGAACAGCCUCCUCCAAAUCACCAAGCCACAAUAUCGCACGUUGAUCGUCGACAGAAUCAUGAUGCCAACAAACAACCCGAGUCUGAUAAAGCCAAGCAGAAAAAGGCAGAUAGGGACAACAGUACGCUUCAAAAUCUUGAUAAAUGGCUGAACAGUGGUGGCAAACCUCCAGCAACGUCGUCAGCUCCCAGUCAGCCAAACCAAAUGAAUACUGAGGCUCACAGUGAGUCAGAGUGUGAUGAGGUUGACAAGUUCUCCCAGACAGCGGCAGCGACGGGGUCUUUCAAUACCACUACAGAGAAUUCAGGCUCGGCCGACAGUACCAAUGAGCCUCCAAAACCACCGGAUCGACCAGGGCGUAUGCUGACGUCGACCAAAAGUCAGGAUGGAAGCCAACCCACCAGCAAAAAGACCAAAACAAAGAGAACGGAAUCUUCACUGAAUACACCUGAAGGAGCCUUUCCUGAAGUUUACUGUAAAUUCAGCUCAUGGCCAGGCUGCUGCCGAAUAGUCUUUGGCUAUGGAGAGCCUGGCAAAGCAAAGUACGAGAUUGGAGAUGCGACAGAAUAUGCACAAGACGCGCUAGCCAACUUACCAUUGAUUUCUGGAAAAAAGGAAUCCGUCUUGGACAUUCGGAUCAAUGGUGCCCGUAUCUACGGGCGUCGCAACAUUGGAAAAGUGACCAAUGUAGCUUCGCUUACACCUAACCCGGAUCGAGAGCGGAAGCCGCGUGUCACCAAAACCGGCAAAGUCAUACAAGUCUACCCCCCUAUGCUGAUAAAGAUCCAGUGGAUUGACAUACAGGAGAUCCAUCGUGAAAAGCUCCUCAAUGGCGAAGAUUGGAAUGUUCGGAGUAACAUAACGAAACGGCUCAAAAAUAAAGACCAAGCUUGGCUUGACGAGCAGAUUGGUGGUGCUGCCAAGACACAAGACAAAUCUUACGAGGAAUGGGCUGCGGAAAAGGGGAUCGAUGGUGGAAAAAGACCAUCGACUUUCUUUCCGGAGAAAGGUAGUUUUACCAGCCAAUCGCAGGGAGCAAAACAACCCGCCAAACCUCAGCGCGUCCAUGAUGCGGCGAAUCAAAAUGACGGGGCCCAAUCAAAUGAUGGGCAGCCCCUGAACACCAAAAAGCGAAAAGCAGAUUCUGCGACCGGGCGUCCGGGCCAAGACCGCCGGAUGAAAUUCCAACACAUCCCGAAUCCGCCUAGCAAGUUCAUCGACUAUAAUUCCUACCUUUUUACUUGCAUGAUGGACCAGAAGCUCACCCAUGAGAAGCUCAACGAUGAUCCGGAGGGUUAUCAAGCGGCAAUGGAAAAUAUCGAGAACGAUUGGCCCGAAUACAAAAAAAUGAUGCUUAAAAAUCACUACGAGAUAAGCCCGAAAGGCGACCAGAAGACUCAAGCGUAG